CGCUUUUUAGUGUACGUUUAACGCUGAUCGAUAGAACAUGUGCGUUGUUGUCCUGCAUGUCGGCGGCAGGUUUUGAACUCAGCUAUCAUCAACCCAACCGCUGCUCUCUCUAGCCCGUUGUGUGUACGCAGUGUCGUUGUUGUUUUUUUUUGUCGGAAUUGCGCAGCUCGCGUUCUUGAUAGCGUUGUUCUGAGAGAAUCUGCGGAAAAAAUCUGUUCCAGCUUCGAGACACGGAAUGCGAUUGCGAAUUUGGCCGUCGCUUCUAUUGACGUUGUGAUCUGUGAUCCGUGAAGGACUGUCUCUGCCGCGUGUACCUGUGUCGGAUAGAGUGAAGAAGACAUGCUGAAGCAGUGACGUUUGAUGGAUUAAGCGCAGAAGUAUAGUGUAUAGUAUUUCGAGAAGUUUGUUUUUUUUUGUAAGAUUGCGAUCAAGAGUGUGACACGAUUCGGGAGGACGACGAUCUUCCGACCGGUGAUCAGUGACUAGGUGAGAACAGAAGUGUAACUGACUGGGUGUUCGGUGUGCCGCGGGAGGAACCCAUUUCCGUUUGUGAGUGUCCGUGAAAAGCAGUCAAAAUCGUGCUCCAGUGGCAUAUUCCGGGCGAAAGCCCCUUCGAGCUAAGCAAGAUUAGUAGCCUGUCGGAUAUCACCGGCGGAGGUGGCGGAAUGACGGUACCGGUGCAGCGAAACUCGAUGGCUGUGCUACAGCCUCCGCGGUCCCGGUUCAUGAUCAAUGACAUUCUGGCCGGAAGUCAGAGUCAACAUCAUCAACACCACCAUCACCACCAUCACCAUCACCAGCAGCAGCAGCAGCAGCAGCACAAUCAGCACCACCAGACAAGCAGCGGAGGUGGAACCGAUAGUAUCAACGGUAGCAGUAGCGAAGGACGAACGCCAAGUCCGGGUCCGCGUGAUCUGAGCAUCGUACCGGGCGGGCAGCAUCCUUUCCAUCAGGGCGCAACCGGAUUGACGUCCGGUGGGCAACAUCCUCACCUGGGAUUGCACAACCAUCACCUGCACCAUCACCAUCAUCAGCACCACAGCAAUCACACGGACGACGAUCAGGACCUGAAGAGCGAAAGUGGCGAUAGCGACGACAGCGGACCCCUGGAUAGCUCCAGUGUUUGCAGUAACGGCGGCAAGGACGAAGAUGGCAAUAGUAUAAAGAAUGGCCUGGGGCUUAGCGGAACAUCCGGACUGAGUAAAAAGCAGCGCAAAGCACGGACAGCCUUCACCGACCACCAGCUGCAGACGCUGGAGAAGAGCUUCGAACGGCAGAAAUACCUGAGCGUGCAGGAUCGGAUGGAGCUGGCCAACAAGCUGGGUCUGAGCGAUACCCAGGUGAAGACGUGGUACCAAAAUCGAAGAACCAAAUGGAAACGCCAGACAGCGGUGGGAUUGGAGUUGCUAGCGGAAGCCGGAAAUUAUGCAGCCUUCCAGCGACUGUACGGUGGACCGCCGUAUCUCGGCGGUUGGCCCUAUCCAACCCAGGCCGGACCACCGGGAGCUCCUCAGAGUGCGGUGGAUGCGUACUAUCGGCACGCGGCCGCAGCAGCCGCCCUCCAGAAACCACUUCCGUACCGAAUUUAUCCCGGAGUGCCGGGGCUCGGGACGUUGAAUACGAUUCCGGGUCCGAGUGCACCGUUCCCGCACCUGUCGGCGUCCACCUCGCUGACGACGUUGAGCAGCUAUUACCAGGCUAGCAGCCAACAGGUGGCAGCAGCGGCGGCCGCAGCCGCCAACAGUGCAGCACAUCCCGGAAGUAACUGUAGUCCGGGCGGCACCGGAAGCAACGGAAGCGCAACAAACAACGGCGGUAGUAAUCAGAACAACAACAACAACAACAACAACCACGGCAGCACCAGUAGUCUUAGUAGUCAACCGCGGCGAUCGCCCAGCCCAACGCUCAACCCCGGAAGUCCGCCGGGUCGAUCCGAAAGUAAUCCCCCCAGUGACGACGAUGACGAGAACAUUCAGGUUUGAGCUCGGUCCUGCCGCGAAGCCUGAAGCUGAGUGCGUGAGUUUGUUUGUGUGAUUGGAACCGCCGCUAAAGCCGAAUGCCGAAACACUCAUAUACGUAUAAAAACUAAGAAAGAAAAUAGUGAUUAUUAUUUUUAAUAGCAUUUAUUUAGAGCAGAUAUUAUUUUAUGAAGAAAAAAAACAAGAAAUGAAAAACCAUUAGUAAAAAAACUGAAGCCGACGAGUGCAAAUGGAAUGGAGCAAACCCUUUUUCUGUUUCCGUGGAUGAGGAGUCCGGUGUGAAUUUUGGCACUUUCUGGCUACCGCGGACGAAACCCAAACGUCAAACAGUGACACCGCACGGCAGGCCUAACAAAGGCGAAAAACGUAAACGGAAAAGGAAAACACAGAAGAAAAAAAAGCACAAAGGGUCUCGAGAGCCGUUUAUAACUGUUUUGUUUUAUUCAAUUAAUUAGAGAGGCUAGUAGAGCCUUAGGUGGCUUGCAGAAAAUUGACGCUUCGUUGAACAUGCUCAUCGGCGGCACUGGCCGCUACGGCGGUUGUGCUGUGAGAACAGGAAUUGGGUUCCAUCGUGGUGACGGAAUUUCACCCGGGAAUCCGUUGAUGAUUUUGUGGUGAUUGUGUCGACCCAAAAUCAAUGACAUUUUUGACCGAACGAACUUCGUUCCUAAUUUUCAUAGAAAAAAAACGAGUUUCAACUCAAAAUCGAAAAGAGUGGACAAUAGAGAUUGAUAAAUCCGUUCGUUUUAAAAAAGAACAGCUCAAAACUUGAUAGUUCUAGCAAAUAUAAACUCAAAAAACUAUGAAAUAUCAUACAAAUCAAUAAAAAAAAUCUUGUUCGGUAAUCGUGACCCGUAGAACUUAGUAAUGGCAUACUUUGAUUAGCCCUUUGUUAUGAAGCGUCGAAAUCAGGGGUGCCUGGUCUGCAGAUUUCUUAUAAAGUGCUGCACACGCUCUUUGAACAUAACUCAUGGUUUGAGUUGCGAUUACUCAAAUUCAUAAACUGGAACAAUAUGUCAAAAUUUGAGUAAAGUAAACUUGUUACCUUGAGUUCUCUCGCAUUCAUUCAUACAUUAGAGUAAGCGUUGAGUUUUUGAACAUUUGAGUGAAAAACAAACCUUCUUGCAGUUCAGAGCGUUUUCAUUCCCGGAAUGUUCUUAUCGCAAUAAAGAAUGCAAGAAUACGUCGUUUUCCAUUGCCGUUUCUAGAUCCGGUUUUGAAAACAUGAAUCAACGUCAAUCAUCGAUGUUUUGUGGUUUCAGUUAUGCUUAGUGAAAAGCCCAACAUAAGGAUAUCAAAAUAAUUCAAUUUUGACUCCAAACCGUUCAAAAGGAAACGGUUUUGAAUCACUAUUUUGCGCAUUCAAUAGAAAGAAGAAUAACUUUGUAUAUGAACAUUUCCGAAGAAAAAUUUCUUCAUUUUAGGAGUAAGGAACUCAAAUUUUUAGUUGAACUUACUCAAAAUUUGAACAAAAUAUUUUUUUCUUAUUUUGAGUAAAAAUUACUCAAGUUUUGACAAUUUCACUCCUUAACGCAAAAAUGAGUGUAUAGGUGGUAACUCAAGUUUAGAGUACGUGCACUUUUUAUGAAUUUGAGUGAUGUGUCACUCAAUUUUGAGUUAUGUUCAAUGAAGGUGUACCGAAAAAAAACCACAUUUACAAGUUUUGCGCAAAAAAAAAUAUUUGAUCCGAUUGUUAGUAACGUAAACUGAAACGUUUCACACUAAUUGAAUGUUAAGGUAGUUGAAUAUAAUAAAUUACUUGAAAUUCAUAUUCAAAGAGCCGCGAAAUGAGAUGAAACAUGCUUUGAAAUCAUGCAAACUUGUGCUCGAUUUGUUUUCAAUAGACAAUAGCGACUAGACGUUUACUGUUUCGGUUCAGCCAAUCACUGGACUGCAAUUGAUGGUGAACUGAGUGAACAGUAUUUGAAUGGUACAAAAACAAAAUCAUAAACCAUUCCAUCUUGAGUUAAUCUUUGGUUCUACCAAAAAGAAAUACAUUCUGUUGAACCGUCCUUUCGGUGUUUUGAAGGUUUGAAUGUUCUCUCAAGGAAUUCGAUUCCCAGUUCUUCUAGAAGAACUAGUUCCUUCGAACCAUGCGCGAACGAAUAGCAAACAAACACGCUCGUUGCAUACUACUCUGAAGUGAGUACAAUUUCACUCACUUUCGCUAAAAGUGGAACUACAAUAUAAUGAGGAAAGUUAGAUUUACUCACUUUCGAGUUAAGACGGUAUUUGUCAAAUACAAAAUUGUUCACUUGAGCGUACUAUUGAAUGAGCGUGGAGAUUAUCUAAGUUUCAGUUGAAAUUACAUUUUGCGCAACAGAGUAGGGAUGAAUAGGCGUGUACAUUCUGGAACGUCGAUAAAAAUUUCGAAUUUCUCCUGACAGGGUUUCAAAAGUCUGAAUCCGAAAAAAUGUCAGCGGGCUUCAUUUCUCUAUAAAGUAUGAAACACAAAACUGGCAUGGCAAGCUGAAAAAAACAGCGCGUGGCCAUUUCAAAAGUCUGUAGAUUUUUACGAAAGUCUGCGAAAAAUUCGAUUUUCAAAAGUCUUUUAAAAAUGUCUACAGCGCUAUAAAAGAAAUCUGCAGAUUUGCUGACAAACCUGCAUGCCUGGCAUCUCUGCCUAUCAGUUUCAUUUGGUACCUCGAGUACCACAUACAAAAAUCCCGUUUUUAUCAUCUGGUGAUGCUGGUAGAUCUUAAGUUCCCGUUUCCAGGAAGUUUUUGGAUAUCCUAGAACAUUAAAUAUAAGCCCAAUAAUUGUAUUUGGUACUUCAAGCAUGGACCGUAUUCAAACAUCCGAUUUGCGUCGUCGGUGACGAUCGCCUAAACCCCAAAGAGUUCUUGGAGUUCUUAAGGCCUAAACUCCAAAAAGUUCUUGGAUGACACAGAACUUACAAAAUAAGCCCAUUGAUUGCAUGUGGUACCACGAGCAUCGAUCGUAUUAAAAAAUACGGUUUGCAUCAUUGGCGACGCUGGUAACGACCUUAAAACCUGAACUUUAGGAAGUUUUUGGGUAGCCUAGAACACCAAAAAUAAACUUCAGGAAGUUUUUAGAUGGCCUAAAACAUCAACAAUGAUGCCAUUAAUUGCAUGUGGUACCACGAGCAGUGCUGUAAAACUUCAUUCAAUUCAAUUGAAACUGAAUGUGGAAUACAUUGACGAUCUCUCUAAUGCAGUACACUUCACUCUCUGACACACACAAUGUUUGCUGCCGGCCCGAACGGGUAGCAUUCAAUUCAUCACUCGUUUUUCUUCAAUCGAGGCUCAGUUUAACCACCGUCAGUUGAUCUCUUGAAAUGACAAAAUAUCUCUUUCAAUAGUGUGAGAGCGGCCUUCAAAUGAGGUUCAUGUAAACAUUCGAAUUGGUUCAAGAAAAUAGAUGAAAGACAAACCAGAUAGCUGAAAUAUAAAUCACAGAAUACACAUAAAUUAAUUGUUUCCUCCUUCAGUUUUCAUUUUUAAUACUUUACUCCAUAUAUAAUUCUAUUCGUUCGAAUUUGCUUACUAUUUGGCACUCGAAACUGAGCAAGCAAAACUUCAAAUGACUAGAUACGAUUAUUCAACUGACGAUGAAUUCCGGGAGCUUCACUUGAAAAUGGCAGCAAAAGUCAAAUGAAUUAGUAGGGAUAUGCUGACUGUCAGUGGCCAUAAAUUUCAUUUUCAUCUUAUUUUAUUCGAUUGAAAAUGAAAUUUUACCGCACUGACCACGAGCAUGGACCGCAUUCACAAAUCCGGCUUGCGUCAUUGGUGAUGCUGGUAGAUCUUAACACCUGAACUUCAGGAAAUUUUUUAAGGACUAAACUCCAGGAAAUUUUCGGAUGACCUAGAACAUCUAUAAUAAGCCCAUUAAUUGCAUGUGGUACCACAAGCAUGGUCCAUCUUCAAAAAUCCGGUUUACAAAGUCAAUGACACUGGUAGAUCUUAAGACCUAAACUCCUGGUAGUUUUGGGAUGGACUAGAACAUUCGCAAUAAGCCCAUCUGUUACUUGUGUUAUGACGAGCAUGAACCAUCUUCCGAAAUCCGGCUUGCAUCAACAACGAUGCUGGUAGAUCUUAAGGUCUAAUUUCCAGGAAGUUUUUGGAUGAGCUAGAAUAUCAACAAUAAGCCCCUUAAGGAAGGCAAUAUGAAGGAAAUUUUUAUUUGUACGUAUACAAACUAAACCAACAUACAUCAGCGAAUUGAACAUUAUAAAAAGUACAUUGCGGAUUUUUUGUUGACUUCUAGAAUCUAGAUAAGAUCGUGCAAAACUGACUGGUGACUUUUGCUCAUCACUUUUGAGUGCGGUAUGUGCUUGUAGUACAAUAUUCAGUUAUUUUCCACAGACUGUGACACUGUCUGUGGAAAUUCUUGUCCAUCCAAAAUCUCCUCGGAAUAUAGGCCUUAAGGCCUACCAACGAAACCGAUGAUAUUAUUGAAUUUGUUUUUUGUGGUCUAUAUUCGUGGUCCAUCACAUUCAAUUAAUAGGAUGAUUUGAAUGAAUUAUGAGAAAGUACUUGCGCUUGUUCAUCCAAGAACUACCUGGAGCACAGGCCUUAAGAUCUACCAGCGUAACAAAGUGCAUAACUAACUUACUGUUCACGGUCUAUAUUCGUGAUACCAUUUACAAUUAAGAGGAUUAUUGUACAUACUGCCCAAAAGCUACCUGGAACACAAGCCUUAAGAUCUACUCACGAUUCACUGUAGUCCUUGGAUGACUGAAAAUAUUCCUGAAUCAGAUCAGAUAAGACAAGUAAGCAAUAUGUAGCUUCAUGACUAUGAGUAGCAUUGGAAAAUUAUACAUAAGCUGCGGCUGGCUCGUGCAGAUUUUAAGACCUGUUGUCACUGAAGUUUUUGGACAACUGAGAGCAUACCUCGAACAGCUAUGAAAAGACGAAUAUGCUAUGCGUAGCUAUCAAAAUAUGAACAACACACAAAAAAUAGACACUGGCCGUUGUAGUUUUUGCUGUGGCACAGUGUUGUCCCUGAGGACAAUUUUCCGAGUAGUUCUUGGAUCUUGCAAUAUUUCUUACGGAGUUCCAUAGCCUCAGAAUUUUCUCAGGUGGUCAUAGAUGCUUUUGUUAAUGGAAGUAGUUUUUUAUGGUUUUACACGAAAAAUUUGAAAUAACGUGAUGUUUUAUUUAAUUUACGCACCCCUGACUUUGCGCGUAAAUCAAGAUUCUACACAGUUACUACCCAUUACGAACUCAAAAAAUCGGUUAUUUACCUAAAAUUUAAGUGGUAUCCAUAUUUUUUCCCUGCGUAAUUCUACAUAGCUUAUAGAAAAGCCCAAUGACAAUGAGCGAUUACGCCUCCAAAAAAAGUAAGCUCGAUUUUCAGUGUAGUGAACCACUUUGUUUUGCAUAAUCCGGCUUGCUGCGAUGCAAUUUGUGCACUUCUGUCAAACAGCCAAAAGGCAGCCGAGGGGCUUUACGCGAGAACAUUGCUCAAAACAAAACAAAAAAGAAAAGGGGAAAACCCCCCACGGAAGGGUUUGCUCCAUUCGAUUCCACGCGAGCUUUCAUGUACAUAUACAGAGGAUAGUGAUACACAGAAGCUGUAAAAUUUAAAAAAUUCCCAUCUCAGCAGGUUUGAUGAAAAGUUCCCCUUCGGAACGAAGGAUCAGAGGAGGGAGCAAAGCUAGGAGGAAAAAUUGAACUCUACAAUAAACGAAAACAUUAACAAACAAAAAAAUACGAUUAUGGUUAAUUUUGUUUUGUUGUAUAGGUAAUGACAGUGAAGAAAUCUCCAGAAAAACGUUUCGGAACCGGACCAGUGAGACUACGCGACUAAAUUUACUAACGAUAAUCUUAAUUUAUGAUAGUAGUAUUUGGAAAUAAUUAUUUAAUUAUUUUAUAAGUGUAAAAUGUUGUAAACUUUUGCUUCACCUUCCCUACGAUGCAGCAGAAGAAUAAAAAAAAAAAGCUAGACAAAAAAGUGAUGAACGGUGUCCGUGUUUAAAACUGUUUUUUCCUCCAGCCUCUUAGAGUAAUAUGAUUUUUUCCAGCUGCCCUCACAAAACCAAAUGCUUUGACAGAAUGACAAUAGUGCAGUUUUAUCUAACAUAGAACCGAAAACGUACCGACAUACUACCAACCAA